CUCUCUCUCUCUCUCUCUUGCGCUCCGUCAGUGUGUUGUGUAGUAUGGUUGAGGCUGUGUGCGCGUCUCUCAGUACAGAUGCUGAAGGGUGAUUACUCUUCUCUGUGACUCACGGCAUUGUGGAUUUGACAUGAUCGUCUGGUUCAGAGUAAUGGAGCGGAUCACCAUGUAGACAGCAGCCGACGGGAAGCAGGUAGAAUGGGAAACCACGUAUGGAGCGCCGCCGGUCUGCAGCCGUGGUGAGCGCAGACGUCCUCAGGACCUCAGCCGGGAUCUCACGGAUGGCUGUCGCGUCCCAGUUCGCGUAACGCAGAGGAGCCUCUCUUCAAUCGCAGACAGCGGACCGGAUCUGUUUUUUUCUUCAUCCUCCUCUCUUACCUUCUAUUCUCUCUCCUGCAUUGCUCUCGUUUUUUUUUUUUAGACACCUGUUCUCCAGCCACAGCAGGGACCGUUUUUCCUCAUUUUGAUUAAGACAAGCUACCAAGCAAUACUCAGCCACCAUGGGGGACAUGACGAAUAGCGAUUUUUACACCAAGAACCAAAGAAACGACAGCAACCAUGCGGGAGGAUUUGGCUGCUCGCUCAUGGAGCUGCGUUCCCUCAUGGAGCUCAGAGGAACGGAGGCAGUGGUCAAAAUUCAGGAGGACUACGCAGGUGUGGAGGGACUGUGCCAGCGGCUGAAAACCUCGCCGACAGAGGGUCUGGCUGGAGAUGCCAUAGAUCUAGAUAAAAGAAAAGAAGUCUUCGGGCAAAAUCUUAUACCUCCAAAGAAGCCAAAAACUUUUUUACAGUUAGUGUGGGAAGCAUUACAAGAUGUGACCCUCAUUAUCCUCGAAAUUGCAGCCAUGAUCUCUCUGGGUCUGUCCUUUUAUCAGCCGCCUGGAGAGGGCAGCGAGUCCUGCGGGACAGCGAAUGCGGGUGCCGAGGACGAGGGGGAAGCGGAGGCCGGUUGGAUCGAGGGGGCUGCUAUCUUACUCUCAGUGGUCUGUGUUGUUCUGGUCACGGCCUUCAAUGACUGGAGCAAAGAGAAACAGUUCAGGGGUUUACAGAGCCGCAUCGAACAGGAGCAGAAAUUCCAGGUGGUGCGUGGAGGACAGGUCAUCCAGCUCCCUGUGUCAGAUAUUGUCGUUGGCGAUAUUGCACAAAUCAAGUAUGGUGACCUGCUCCCAGCUGACGGGGUCUUGAUACAAGGCAACGAUCUGAAGAUUGAUGAGAGCUCUCUGACGGGAGAAUCCGACCACGUGCGCAAAUCUGCAGAUAAAGACCCCAUGCUUCUCUCUGGCACCCAUGUGAUGGAGGGCUCGGGUCGGAUGGUGGUCAUGGCAGUCGGGGUGAACUCUCAGACCGGGAUCAUCUUCACUUUGCUCGGUGCUGGCGGAGAGGAGGAGGAGAAAAAAGAGAAGAAAGGUCAGGCUCUGGAGGACGGCCAUCAGCUGGCAGACUGCUCCCAUCCCUCCUCACACCCCAUCGCGACUAUAGCUACCGAUGGUGCGGCAAGCGCAAAUGCCCCUGGUAAUACCAGCCUAGUCAAUGGUAAAAUGCAGGAUGGAAAUAUGGAGAACAACCAGACCAAAGUGAAAAAGCAGGAUGGUGCUGCGGCAAUGGAGAUGCAGCCCCUGAAGAGCGCGGAGGGUGGAGAAACCGAUGAAAAGGAGAAGAAGAAAGCCAAUGUCUCCAAGAAAGAGAAGUCCGUCCUGCAAGGAAAACUGACAAAGCUGGCUGUGCAAAUCGGCAAAGCAGGUUUGGUGAUGUCUGCCAUUACAGUCAUCAUCCUGGUGCUUUACUUUGCGAUCGAUAACUUUGUGCUUCAGAAGAGGCCGUGGCUGCCGGAGUGCACUCCCGUCUACAUUCAGUAUUUUGUCAAAUUCUUCAUCAUUGGUGUUACAGUCCUGGUGGUAGCUGUUCCUGAAGGCCUUCCUCUGGCUGUUACCAUCUCUCUGGCCUACUCUGUGAAGAAAAUGAUGAAGGAUAACAAUUUGGUACGCCAUCUGGACGCUUGCGAGACCAUGGGCAAUGCCACAGCUAUCUGCUCAGACAAGACUGGGACGCUGACCACCAACCGAAUGACAGCAGUGGAAUGCUUUGUGGCUGAUGUCCAUUACAAAGAGAUACCAGAUCCCAGCUCCAUCCCGGCCAAAACUCUGGAAACACUGGUCAACGCUAUAUCCCUCAACAGCGCCUACACUACAAAAAUACUGCCUGCAGAUAAGGAUGGAGGUCUUCCCAAACAAGUGGGCAACAAAACUGAGUGUGGCCUGCUGGGACUGGUCCUUGACCUGAAACGAGACUACCAGACCGUUCGGAACCAGAUCCCAGAGGAGAAACUCUACAAGGUGUACACGUUCAACUCUGUGAGGAAGUCAAUGAGCACAGUCAUCAAGCUUCCAGACGGCAACUUCAGAAUGUACAGCAAAGGAGCGUCAGAAAUCAUCCUUAAAAAGUGUUCCUUCAUUCUGAACGAGGUGGGCGAAUCUCGCGCUUUCAGGCCGAGGGACAGGGACGAGAUGGUGAAGAAAGUGAUCGAACCCAUGGCCUGCAGCGGACUCAGAACCAUCUGCGUGGCCUACCGGGACUUUUCCGGAGACCCUGAGCCCAACUGGGAUGACGAAAACAACAUCUUGACCGAGCUGACCGCAAUAUGUGUUGUUGGAAUUGAGGAUCCUGUCAGACCCGAGGUGCCCGACGCCAUCCUGAAAUGCCAGCGUGCUGGAAUCACUGUGCGUAUGGUGACAGGAGACAACAUCAACACGGCACGAGCUAUCGCUAUUAAAUGUGGCAUCAUCCACCCUGGAGAAGACUUCCUGUGCAUCGACGGGAAAGAGUUCAACAGGAGGAUCAGAAAUGAGAAGGGAGAGGUUGAGCAGGAGCGCAUUGAUAAAGUCUGGCCUAAACUGCGAGUGCUUGCCAGAUCCUCCCCGACGGACAAACACACACUGGUCAAAGGUAUUAUUGACAGCACUCUGGUGGACCAGCGGCAGGUGGUUGCUGUAACCGGCGAUGGAACCAAUGACGGGCCGGCCCUUAAGAAGGCAGAUGUCGGUUUUGCCAUGGGAAUCGCAGGGACAGAUGUGGCCAAAGAGGCGUCUGACAUCAUCCUGACGGAUGACAACUUCUCCAGCAUCGUGAAGGCCGUGAUGUGGGGACGCAACGUCUACGACAGCAUCUCAAAGUUCCUCCAGUUCCAGCUGACGGUUAACGUGGUGGCCGUGAUCGUUGCCUUUACCGGAGCCUGUAUCACACAGGAUUCUCCUCUUAAAGCAGUGCAGAUGUUGUGGGUAAACCUGAUCAUGGACACGUUUGCAUCUCUGGCUUUGGCCACCGAACCGCCCACUGAGUCUCUGUUGAUGAGGAAACCCUAUGGCCGAAACAAACCCUUGAUCUCCAGUACCAUGACCAAGAACAUCCUGGGCCACGGCGUGUACCAGCUCAUCAUCAUCUUCACGCUGCUGUUUGUGGGUGAGCAGAUCUUUGACAUCGACAGUGGCAGGAACGCGCCGCUGCAUUCGCCCCCGUCUGAGCACUACACCAUUAUCUUCAACACCUUCGUCAUGAUGCAGCUCUUCAACGAGAUCAACGCCCGCAAGAUCCACGGGGAGAGAAAUGUGUUUGAAGGCAUUUUCAGAAAUCCCAUCUUCUGCUCCAUUGUCUUGGGCACUUUCGCCAUUCAGAUUGUGAUUGUUCAGUUUGGAGGAAAGCCGUUCAGUUGUUCUCCUCUGGACCUGGAGAAGUGGAUGUGGUGUGUGUUCCUGGGGCUGGGAGAGCUGGUCUGGGGACAGGUUAUAUCAACAAUCCCAAACAGCAAGCUGAGGUUCCUCCGAGGGGCUGGUCGGCUGACGCAAAAGGAUGAAAUGACGGCCGAGGAGGAGAUGAACGAGGACCAGGAGGAGAUCGAUCACGCGGAGAGAGAGUUGCGGCGAGGGCAGAUCCUCUGGUUCAGAGGCCUCAACAGAAUCCAGACUCAGAUCGAGGUAGUGAACACGUUCAAGAGUGGGACUUCCUUUCAGGGGGCUCUGAGACGCCAGUCCUCCACCACCAGUCAAAAUCAGGAUAUACGCGUUGUGAACGCAUUUCGUAGCUCGCUCUACGAAGGCUUGGAAAAACCCGAAUCCAGAACCUCCAUCCACAAUUUCAUGACUCAUCCUGAGUUUAGAAUAGAGGACUCCACACCUCACAUUCCUCUCAUAGACGACACCGACAUUGACGACGAGGCGGCCAGGAAGAACUCCAGUCAGCCCACGUCUCCCAACAAGAACAACAACGCCAUCGAUAGCGGUAUAAACCUGACAACCGACACGAGUAAAUCUGCUGCUUCCUCCAGUCCCGGGAGCCCGCUUCAUAGUCUGGAGACAUCGCUUUAGCCACAUCCCGUGGGAGAUCACUCCAUAAUCAUCUUAAACUCUACAUUUAAAAGCACUCCGGAGCGCAUGCGAACUGUUGACUGAACGUGUGGUCGCGCCACUUUCUUUUAUCGAACGCACGAACGACGACUGACUCGGAUGAUCGCGGAGUGACUCGAGAAACUAUACAAGAAACCACGAGCGCAAGCACGGCGCUCCCAUUUCCUGAGGAAACGAAAGACUAUUACGAGUAAUUUAAAUCAAAUUCUGCUAUUAUCGUUGCUCCUGCAUGAAUGUACAUUACCCAGGUUUUUAUUUGGAAACCUUUAUUUUUAUUUAAACGGUUUGAUUUGAUUUGGUGGGACGUGCGGUGGACUGCUAUUUUAAGACAGCUUCUCUGAUUCACUGAUCUGUGAGUAUUGUGUGUGGCAUGUAUCUAAUUGUAUAGAUUUAUUUGGUUAUUGAUUAAGGUGUAUCCAGGUCGCAGGGCUCAACUUGCACAGUAGAUUUGCACCUGUCGGAAAAGAGAAACCCAUGGAAAUUAGAAUUUAUUAAGCGUACAUAUAUAUUUAUAGACAUAUUAUAAAUAUAUAUUUACAGAGUUUAUCUUUAUUUGUUGGCAUGUUGCCUUGUUCUGCUUCAAUAACUACUUUAACUUAUUUAUGUCCUAAAGAGAAUGUAAUUUGUUUACAAAACCUGUAGAUACGUCCUGGUUUCUUUGUAGGGUUCAAAACCACGCAGCAGACGUAGUUGGAACAGCUCACGUUGUUCAGUACUCCUGUAAUAUCGGACUCUAGAUGUUUUAUUACCAAUUGUGCGCUGGACUUGCCUGCUAUUUUGUCAAAUAAUGUAGAUAUUUUUAGAAGAUAACAAAAGAAACCAAAAUAUAGUGGGAUAUAUCAUUAAUGUGGCGUCGUAGUAUUAAACGAGUGUCGGGGUCGACGGCUCUGAGCAGCCCCCGAGAAAAUCCGAUCGGUUUUGCUGGAUUUGAAGGUUUCGUCGAAGUCAACGCUUGCAAUGAACUUGUGGUGGUCGGCCUCAAAUGUGAGCAUAAUAUAUAUAUAUAUAUAUAUAUAUAUAUACAUAUAUAUAUAUAUAUAUAAAAUCAGGUUGGGUUUAAAUCUUAAAUCUUCUUUAGAAGUACAUACUAUUUAACAUAAAAUAGUUUCAGUUCCGUGUGACCAUCGAAAGCUGCGAUGGGUUUUUAUGUUGGAAACAUGUAAACUAAGUUAUAUUUGGCAUCUCUGUAUGGAAAUCAAAAUUGUGUUCAAAUAUUGUGAUCUAUUGUGUUGAUUCUUCUUUUUGACAUUUAAUUUGUAGAUUUCUUUUGGUUGAAGGAAAUGAACCCAGCUCCUGAGCUGACGACACUUUGAACAACUGAAUUAUGUAAUGUAACGAAACAAAACCAAGAAGGAAUGUUGCUUUUGACUCUUUUCUUAAGAAAAAAAAAAGGAAAACCCAAACCAACAACAACAAAAAAAUGACACACACACACACACACACACACACACACACACACACGCACACGCAUUUAUGAUCCUUUUCUGCACUAUCCGGAUAUGAAUGAAUUUCUGUGGUGUAAAUUUAGAUGUGCUUCUGUGUUCAAAUCAAGCUUGUCUUCCUGCAGUCAGUAAAUAUACUCUAGCAUCUCAACAGUAUUCACUAGUCGUUAACUAUUUAUUGUACUUUAGAAGUAAAAGGACAAAUGGGAGUCUGUCAGAAGGCACACUUAUAAAGUCACCCUUGUAUUCAUUAAUAUUCUUUGCAAUUAUUAGCAUUUGGAAAAGGCAUGAUGUCAUACACUUAAUAUGCAACUCAUUUUUCGCCAUCAAUCUUAAAUUUGACUUGUUUUUUGACAAUUUUCCUCAUCAAGAUAAGGUGCACAAGCUUUAACUGUUAGCUCAGGCAUACUCAAUGAGAGAAAUACACAAAAAAACUUUAGUUUUUUUUUUUCCCCCCAGAAGUCUUUUACCCUUUAUCAUGUUAAAGGGACAGCUCACCUAAAAAUGACAAUUCUGUCCUCAUUUACUCUGCAAGACUUCUGAAGUCAAACGAUACAGAAGAUUGAAAUUAAAGUCAUUAUUUACUGAAAAUCUUAGCAUGUUCAAGUAAUGAUAAACAAGUAAGUAAUUCGAAAACAGUCUGACUGAUGCAGUUCUCGACUCUUGGUUUUUGGGUCAACCACUGUAUCCCUUUAACACGUUUCAAAGCCUCAUUCACAAUCAUUCUCACAACUGUUGCACACCGACCAAAAGAAUCGCCUCUGACACGUCGAAAGGCGACGCAGCGGAGUUUGUCUGAAAUGUGUGUGUACUGCAAUGACUCCAGACGAGAUCUUUUACGGUAUGACUGGCCACUUCCGUUCAAUUCAGUUUCGUUUUGUUCUGCGCCCUGUGUUGACGGGCCAAAUAACGGAUGCAGUUUAAAAUGUUUAACCAAUAAAUCGGAAGGAUGACAGCAUUCUAAUAAUAAUCACGAAUAAUAAUAUUUCUUGCAAUACAUCAGCUUCUAUGUACUGUACUUAGCAGCAUGCGUUUUGUGGAACAAAGAGCAUACGACGCCACAGGUACUUUUGGCGCACUAGCAAUUUAUGGGUAAAUGAAAAGUGUUCAUCCAUCUUGUUUUUAUGAAUUUUAUAAUCUAUACAAUAAUUGUAAAUAAAAAAACUCAAUGUCUUUGUUCAUUUAAUACUAUGCAAAAAGUCAAGCUUUCUGAUUGUUUCUCAUCUACCCUUAGAGUGUGUUGCUGGAAUGUUUGUGGUCUCAAAGUCAGUAAAACAAACAAAAAAAUUGUGAUGUAAAUGAUUUUAUAGCCUGAGAACAUGAACUGACUCUUGUUGCUUCCCUGUCCAUACCACGAUUCCAGACAGGAGCGCAAGUGAUACAAAUGAAAUGGAAGAAAAAAUGAAAAACAAGCACUUAAUAAAUUCCCCGAGGAGCAUGAA